AUGUCACAGCGUCACGCUUGGACAAGCCCUAAGGAUCAGGUUCAAGCAGCAAAUAAAUUAAAACAAGUAUUAACAGACGAACCACUAGUAUUGAAGUAUCCUCAUCCAACUGCACUGUUUAUUUUGGCUACUGAUGCAUCAGAGUAUGUGAUUGGCGGCACAUUAAAACAAAUUAUAGACGGCCAAACUCAUUAUAAUUACUUUCAGUCUCGAUUGUUAACAUCCACCGAGAAGAAUUAUUCAACGAUCGACCGAGAGGCAUUGACCAUCUUUUGGUGCAUGGACAAAUUGCAGCAGUACUUAGGUGGAAAGAAUGUCAUGGUUCAUUUGGAUCACAAACCAUUGGAACAAUUUCACAAGAAGCGGAAAUUCAAUAGCAAACGAAUUGCGGAAUGGUUAAUUAAACAUCAAGAUGUGCUUCCACAAAUAAUAGAAGUCAAAUACAGAAAAGGUCGGGAUCACGGUGAUGCUGAUGGCAUGUCACGACCG